CACGGACAUAUGCAAAUGUAGUAAAAUGAUCAGCAUGUUAUGAUUCUGAUAUCCAAAAUGGUGGUUCCACUGAAGUAAAUACUCAUCGGAGGGAUAUCAAAUGACAAAGGGCAAGGGAAUUGUGGGGAAGCAUGCUAGCUGAAAAGAAGGCUGAGAUGAAUGCUAGAAAGAGGGGAAAUUGCCAUCGGAAGAAGGCCGAAAGACAAGCUGCUAGCAUUAGUAUGGAGACGACAGGUGUGGCUUCUAUUACCAACCAAACAAAUGUAUGUGCCGUUGUCGUAGACACAUCAGGUGUGGCUUCUGUUGUCAACCAACCAAAUGGAAGCAACAUUGUUGUAGACACAUUAGAGGAUCUUGAUGAUAGUUGGUUGCGUCGUCAUAAUUCUUUUGCAAGGACAGUAAUAGAGGAUAUCAGUACCCCAUGCACCUUACCUGAAGUGUCUGAUAAAGACAGAGAGAAGGCGAAUAAAUAAAGGAUAUAAAGGGAUGAUGGACUAGAAGAAGGCUAAUCGGAGUGCCCGAAAAGAGAAGUAAAAAUCGAUAUGUAUCUUAUGCUGGUGCAACCAUUGUGAGCAACGAAGAUGGUGCGUGUGUGGUAACUUGCACAUCAGGAAUUGAUGAUGAGCUCACCCAGAGGAGCAGAAAAGGGAGAAGGAAAGGAAAAGAUACCAUAAAAUAAGGGAUUUGGCAAGGUAUGAAAGUUGUAUGUGGUGCUGUCAAGACGUGUUUCACGAGAGAACAUGGAUUCUUGCAAAAAGAAAUAUGAACGUUGAUCCUACUAGAAAGAGCGAAGAAUAUUGUGUACAGAUACAUCAUGGAACCGCAUGACAGGCAGAUGCUGCGUGACAAUAGUAUUUGUUACGGAUGAAAUGAUCUAGGA